AUGGUCUACAUACAUAUAGAGGAAAAAGCUCAUUCAAAUGAAAAUUUAAGGGUUCUGAAAGAGAGAAAGAAUGAAUUCAAGAAUCAUCUAAUUAAAUCAUUUGAAAUAACUGGGUUUGGUUUCAUAAUAAUGUUAUAUUUGAAAGAUUCUUCAUUUAUACGAUUCGCUAUAAGGAUGCUGCUUCAUUCUGUUUUAUCAAACCCUUUCCCCAGUGACAUAGCUAUUACAUUGACUGAUCAAUUCAAAAAAAACGUUGCAAAACAAUUCUUUUAUGUGAUGGUUAUCACAAAUAUUCUAUUCACACUUUUGGAUCUAAUAGUUGGUGUUCCUAUAACGAAUGAUGACAAUUCAAAUUAUCUUUAUGGAAGUUUAACAUUACAAAUUAUUGGAGAUUCAAAGCCAAGUUCAAGAUUCUCCUUUAUUUAUUAUAAUUUGAUCAUUUCAAUUACACAAUUAUCAUUAUUAUAUUUAAGUUUUUUCCUUAAUGUGAAUCAAGAAAUCAAUGAUAACAAUGAAUAUGAUCCGGAAACAAUGACUUAUUCAAUUAGUCAAAUUGAAGGGGAUGGUUAUACAGGAAUGGCAAACAUAGCCAAAAUUUCACCAAUUGCAAUUUAUAACGAAGUUAAAACUAUUACUAGUGCAAACUCUAAUGAUGUCGAAGCAACCAAUAAUUACAUGGGGAAUAGACUUAAUAUUUCAUCAAUGCUUUAA